GUCGUCUUAUUUUUCAAGAACCUCUUUAUCAAGCCAAGUGUUGAAUGCUAUAUUUUUUUUCUCUGUUUUUUUCCCUAUCAAAGCAGAUCAACUAAAAUCCAAAGCCUUGAAAGUUUAUAAUUCUCCGUCAAAUUUAGAGCAAAGAGAUAGACUUGGCCCUUCACUUUCUUUAAACUCUGCUAUCUGUCUCCUCACUCUCAUUAAUUUUUUUCUAGUUUUUUUAAUUUUUUUUCUUGAGCCUGAAAAUCUUGAAAACCUUUUCAGAUAGAAUGACAGAUAGAUUCAGGAAAAUGGAAAAGAAAAGAAAAAGGAGAAGAUUCUCAUCAUUGCUUAUGCAAUCAACUUUCUUUAUAGUAUUGGCUGCAACUUUUGAGGGCUCUUUUUCAGCGGCUAGUCAACGAUGCACCCUAAAAAAGUCAACCCAGCAUAGCUGUUUUGGUUCUUCUCUUGUGCUUCCAGUUUUUGGCAAUGUUUAUCCACUUGGGUACUAUUCUGUGUCCCUUUAUAUAGGCAAUCCCCCCAAGCUUUUUGAGUUAGAUAUUGACACUGGCAGUGAUCUAACUUGGGUCCAAUGCGAUGCACCUUGUACUGGCUGCACAAAGCCUCUUCAUCACCUUUACAAGCCAAGAAACAAUUUACUAUCUUGUAUAGACCCCCUGUGCAGCGCCGUCCAAAACUCAGGAACCUACCAGUGUCAGUCUGCUACUGAUCAAUGUGACUAUGAGAUCCAAUAUGCUGAUGAAGGUUCAUCUCUUGGUGUGCUGGUCACAGACUACUUUCCCCUAAGAUUAAUGAAUGGCUCGUUCCUCAGACCUAAAAUGACCUUUGGCUUAAAAGAAUCAGACCUUCAUCAAAGCUGUGGAUAUGAUCAAAAGAGUCCUGGUCCAGUAGCUCCUCCUCCAACAACAGGAGUCCUUGGCCUUGGCAAUGGCAAAACAAGCAUCAUCUCACAAUUACAAGCUCUAGGUGUAAUGGGAAAUGUAAUUGGCCACUGUUUGAGCAGGAAGGGUGGAGGAUUUUUAUUCUUUGGACAAGAUCCCGUGCCUUCUUUCGGUAUCAGUUGGGCACCAAUGUCGCAAAAGUCCCUGGACAAAUAUUAUGCUUCCGGACCGGCAGAACUUCUUUAUGGUGGAAAGCCUACUGGAACAAAGGCAGAAGAAUUCAUUUUUGACAGUGGUAGCUCCUACACUUACUUCAAUGCCCAAGUUUAUCAAAGUACACUGAAUCUGAUUAGGAAGGAGCUAUCUGGAAAACCGUUGAGAGAUGCACCAGAGGAGAAGGCCCUCGCUAUCUGCUGGAAAGGUACAAAACGAUUCAAAUCUGUUAAUGAGGUAAAGAGCUACUUUAAGCCCUUUGCACUAAGCUUUACAAAAGCAAAGAGCGUUCAGCUGCAGAUACCACCAGAAGAUUAUCUUAUUGUUACGAAUGAUGGAAAUGUGUGCUUGGGGAUUCUAAAUGGCAGCGAAGUAGGACUCGGGAACUUCAAUGUAAUUGGAGACAACCUUUUCCAAGAUAAAUUGGUGAUUUAUGACAGCGAUAAGCAUCAGAUCGGCUGGAUUCCUGCAAACUGUGACAGACUUCCCAAUUUGGACCGAUACUAUAAUGAAGGUUAUUGUCAGCCUUAUGAACCCGGCUACGGCUUCACAGAAAAGCAAUGUCAAGUCCAACAAGGUGAUAAACACAGGGAACGUUGCAGCAAAGAAUAAAAGGCAAAAAUAGCUUCAUAGCACUAUACAUAGUACGUGUUUUGUAACAUACAGAUCGGAAUAGACGUGAAUGGGUUGACCCAUACAAAGUACUAACAUUUUUUAUAAAAUAGGAUAAUGUCCUUGGUUCA